GUGCCCGAGCCUGUUGACUAAUAAUUAGGGUAAACACGGAGCCAAGAAAUUCAAGGGGAAAAAAAGCCCCGCGUCGAAGUGAGAAGCUCGCGAAAUGAGAACAUCGAAGUAAAUGGCAGUCACCACAAAUAUUUGGGAAAAGUUAAAACCGUUUCAUGUGUCGGGCAUGAAGUUUGUAAGAGCUGUCCGCAGGAAACUGUGUUGAAACAUAUGUUGAUGUCAAGCCAGUACACGCCAGGUAGCGAUGCCAGGUAUGGAGGUGUACAGUAUAUUAGUCGUGAUGCCAGGUGACUCUUUGUUGUCUGUGCCGCUGGCGCACUACAUUCGGCGCAUGGAUACCAUGAUGGUCAGCAGGGAGGAAAUGCGUAGGGAGGGAAGCUUGCGCUGCUGGGAUUAAACAAGUACAUAGGACACCAAACAGAAACAUCGUAAUACUCAGGAGAAUGGCAAAGUUGGACCCAGCAUUCAGCAGAAUUGAUCGAAACAGGGCUGGGUUCUACAUCUGGAGAAUUGAGAAUCUUGAAGUUGUACCAGUACCUAAGGAUUACUAUGGGGAGUUUUUCAGAGGAGAUUCCUACAUUGUCUUGUCAAUCAAAGAAAUCAGAAGCAGCACAUUGGAUAGUCAUGUCCACUUUUGGCUGGGUGCAGAAACUUCACAGGAUGAAGCAGGGGUGGCUGCAUAUAAGACUGUGGAGUUAGAUGACCUUCUGGGUGGCUCACCAGUCCAACACCGUGAGGUGGAGAAUCAUGAGUCUCAGCGUUUUUUGUCUUACUUUCCCCAUGGCAUCAAAAUCAAGGCAGGUGGUGUCAAGUCAGGAUUUAACCACGUAGAGCGUGGAGUCUUCCAGCCUCGACUCAUUCAGGUCAAGGGCAAGAGAAAUCCACGCUUCUCAGAGCUGCCAUCAAUAGACUGGGAAUUCAUGAACCAUGGUGACUGCUUCAUCCUUGACUUGGGCAACCUCAUUUUUCCCUGGCUGGGUGCUAGUUCUAACCGCACUGAGAAAAUGAAGACUCUUGAACACUGUCGUCGUUUGAGAGACGAACGAGGUGGUGGUCAAAAAGCAAGCAUCAUAAUCGUCGAGGAUGGGAAGGAAGAAUCUCUAGAUGCUGACUGUAAACCUAUAUUUGAGAAAUUUCUCAGCAUUCGAGAACGGCACCAGGUGCAAUCCCCUGAGAUGGGAGGAGUUGAUGAAUCUGUGGAGAGUGCACUCUUCACGGCUAUUAAGCUCUUUUCAUGUCGUGAAGAAGAUGGCACACUCAAGAUUCAAGAAGUGAAGGCUGGCCCAUUGUCCAAGAAGGACCUGCUUUCAGAAGAUUCCUUCAUCAUUGACAAUGGACCUAAUGGGGCCUGGGUGUGGAUUGGGAAGAGGGCAUCAACAAAAGAGAAGAAGGAGGCUAUGAGAAACGCUGUGGGCUUUUUAAGGAAGAAGGGCUAUCCCUCUGACACAAAGGUGACACGCGUAGUGGAAGGUGCUGAACCAUCAGAAUUCAAAUGUCUGUUUAGGGACUGGCCUCAAACCCCACCUACAGGCAAAGUAUACAUACAGAGCAAGAUAGCAAAGACAGUGCAAACACGGUUUGAUGCUGCCACACUACACACCAAUCAUGCCCUUGCUGCUGAGACACAGAUGGUUGAUGACGGCUCUGGCAAAGUGGAAGUUUGGCGAGUUGAGGACUUUGACCUCAAGCCAGUUGACAAAAGUGUGGUGGGUGAAUUUUACAGUGGCGAUUGCUAUGUCAUACAAUACACAUACGAGGUGCAUGGGCGACCACAUCAUCUCAUCUACUAUUGGCUGGGUUCCAAAGCUACAAGUGAUGAGAAAGGAACAGCAGCCCUGAAAGCAGUUGAACUGGAUGAUAAGCUGGGAGGAACGGCUGUUCAGGUUCGUAUAGUACAGUACAAGGAACCACCUCACUUCAUGGCUUUGUUUGGCGGCAGGAUGAUUAUCUUUCAGGGGGGAAAAUCUGGUUGGGCCUCCAGUAGUAAUGGUGACAAGUCUGCAGAGGGGCCCGGAGACAGGUACAUGCUUCAUGUGCGAGGCACAUCACAGCUGGAUACCAAAGCAGUGCAGGUAGACAUGAGAGCCUCUUCACUCAACUCUAAUGACACCUUUGUCAUCUUCACCAAGACACUCACAUACAUUUGGUAUGGUAAGGGAUGCACAGGGGAUGAGCGGGAAAUGGCAAAACAUGUAGCAGCAAGGUCCCCCAGAAGCCAGAUAGGAAUUGUAGAAGGUCAAGAAAAGCCAGAAUUCUGGGAAGUGUUAGGUGGCAAGGAAGAGUAUGCGUCUGAGAGGAAACUGCAGGAUGAGGGCAGCCAUCCGCCACGCUUGUUCCAGAUCUCUAAUGCGUCAGGCAGUGUAAAGGCAGAGGAACUUUAUGACUUUGUCCAGGAAGAUCUUAUUCCAGAAGAUGUGAUGAUGCUAGACUGUUGGGACUGCAUUUACCUGUGGGUGGGAAAGGGUUCCAACAAGGUGGAGCAAGAAGAGGCCCAGCACUUGGCCAUAGAAUACCUCAAGUCAGACCCUGCUGGCCGUGACCAUGACACACCAAUCUACAAAGUCAGCCAAGGGUGGGAACCACCAUCAUUCACAGGGUUUUUUGGUGUCUGGGACCGCGACCUGUGGAGUAAGGCCCUGAGUUAUGAAGAAGCAAAGAGAAGGAUCAACGAUGAGAAUGUGCCCCUCUCACUUGUCAAAGAGAAUGUUGCUAAUGGCAUACAAGACUUCAGUGACAUGCCAAAGUAUUCAUAUGAAGAGCUGACAGUAGAAGUGGACCAGCUGCCCUCUGGUGUUGACCCAGCUGCGAGGGAGAUUCAUCUGAGAGAAGAGGACUUUAAGCGCAUUUUCAGCAUGACCUACCCAGAGUUUAGUAAGCUGCCUAUCUGGAAGCAGAAAAAUAUGAAGAAACAAAAGAAUCUUUUCUAAGGCGUGAUUUACCCUUUGUAAGGCUGUGAUGCCAGCCUGAGAGUAGAAAACCUGAAGACACAGUAACAUCCUAACCUGCUUCACAAUCUGUUUUGUUACAACUUUUUUUUUCUUCCACUGCUAGAGUGGUGGUUGGAGUUAUUCUUUCAUGUACCUUUUGAAGUUUCUCACCUUUGAGGGUGUUUCACUAGUCUGAAGGGAGAUUGUUGACCUGAUCAGUUCUCCCUCCUUGUAACAGGAAGAGACGAUAGUAACAAUGAAAAUGCUGAAAACAACUCAGCAUUUAGAGACUGCAUCUUCUGGUUCCCUUUGAGAGCUCAAACCAUUAUCAUAUUCACAGACAGCUACACGAAAGGGUUGGUGAACAAAAAGCACUAAUAGAAGACAGUACUCAUUGCAAAAUCAUGAGGAGAAAUUGCUGAUAUAUGGCACCUCAGUCUAGCCAGGCUAAAACACUUUCGGCCAGCUGAGGCAGCUCUGUUGAAAGUCGCAUCAGCAAAAUGUGAUGUCACAACAGAUGGGGCAUCAUGGCAGUAUAGAGUUGAAGGCACAAUGAAGUUCAUUUGGAUUGUAGAGUUUUACUAUUUUUAAGUUGAUUUUGGCAGGGAAUAUAGGAUUAAUGUGGUUGGAGGCACCGGGAAAUUCAGUAACAUGAUUAUUUCCUCUAGUAAUCCGAGAUAAUGUAGGAGAGUUCACUGCUACAUUUCAAUAAUCACUCUGCUCCAUCACCAUCACAAAAUGUAUUUGAGUGGAAAAGACUGCAACAUUUAUGUUUUAUUUAACGCCAUACAGACAUGGAUCUUGGAAGUUAGGAGAUGAUUAAGAUAAAAAAAACUGCCUAAUGGUCAGAAUUGAUGGCUGGAAAAAAUAAUAGUAGCAGCUAUAAGAUAUGGGGGAGAUAAUAUAGAUCAAACGCUGGCAAAAUUCUUAGGACUACACAGUUGGGAAAAAUUUGAGCCUAAAAGUCUGGUAAACAAGUGAUAUCAGAAGUCUUGCAUAAGAUGAAGAUCAAAAGUGAGCACACAGCUGAAGUCAUCGGCACUAAAUGGAGACCAAAAACUGGCAAAGUCUGUAGUAAAGGAUAAACAAUAGCUGAGGCCAAAGAACAGCAAAUGAUCCAGACUAAGCUGCUGUGUGUUUAUGACAUUGUAGGAUAAAUGGGAGACAAUAGCUGAUGAUCCAAAGUUGGAUGUGAUGUUUAAUUUGUAGCUGGAGCAAGUAUUUUUCGUUGCCAGUAUCACUUAGAUUCUGUUCCAGUUGUUUCUGUUGUCUGUUUUUUCUUAUGUUGUGUGUCAAGUUUGACAUAUAUUUUGUUUGGAAUAUUGUGAAAGCUCUUUACAUUCCAUCAGGCUAAUUUAAUUGUAUUAAUUUUCACGGUGCUGUCAUUAUAUCUAAUAUAAUGUUAGCAUCAGUACUGAUAUAGCAAAAGAGUGCAUGAAUAUUUUCACUCUUGUUUUCUAAUUAUGUUUAUAUUGUUGCUGCUGCAGGUUGACCAUUGUCAUGUCAGGUUUGAGUCAAUUUUUUAUGACUGUUAUUUAUAUAAAGAUCUGUUGAUGAUCAUUCCUGUCUGUGAUUUACAGGCAGUCUUUUUCGUUACAGACAUAUGGGUACAGAGAUGUAUUAAUGAUGCAUUUAAUUUUUAUCAUUUUUGUGUAUUCUUUCAAGUUCAGUUCCAUGUUAUCACAUCAGCUGUUUCAGUUGCCUUGCAGCUGUUUUUAAAUUGUAUCACCCAGUAAUGGCAUCCAUAGCUUGCUCUUUGCUCGUCCUAUUCUUGCCUGACAUGCAUGAUGGCAGUGAUCUAUGCCUGUACUUUAGCUGAGAUGUUAGCACCACAAAGGCAGGCCAACAGCCAGUCCAAAGUUCUGAGUGAUCAUAGUAAUAAGUUAAACAUUGGUUCAUAGAAGAGUCCAGUGCAGGGGAGCAAAACCACCAGGGAUACGUUUGUGAAUUUAGACUACAAACAAAAAGACACACAGCAGCAGACCUGGCGUGUUUUUGUGUGUUGGGUGAGGGGGCACCUUGUAGGUCUUAGUGUCUUCUGAUUCUGUCUCAAGGAUACCAUGUUGUACAGCUGCUGUUUGAAGCCUUCAAAAAGGUUUACCGUAAAAAUUUGAUAGAUCUUUAUACCUGAACUACUUCUGAAAUGCUUCUUUAGCCAUAAUAAAGCUUUAUAGUUUUGAUGUUCAUGUGGCUGCCUUUUCAGCUCUUUUUGUUCAACUUAAAGAUCUGUAAUGUACACAUUGGGCAGAGCACACAGAUUAAAAAGUUAGUUUUUUUAUCUUUGUAGGUUCUUGAUGAUGCGUGCCAGAGUUUUGUAAGCACAUUUUCAGUGGGUGUUGAGCUUUUUCCUGAUUAGAGGUUGGUAUAUUUUAAUAUUUGUUGCUGGCUUGCAGCUGGUAAUAAAUCUCAGCACAUGUUCAUUGGUACUAAAAAACAAAGUCAGCUAUGCAUCUCAAUUAUAGGAUGUUAGUGUUAAUCAUAGACAUAAAUUGUGGUGCUUGGCCUGCUGUAGACAGUAACCCCUAAAUCCUGUGGUUGCUAUUAAAGGUAGAAGGUCAAUUGUAGCAGUUUGCUCAAGAGGUUCAGAGUGGGCUGCAACAUUGUUUUUUUCUGUCCACACCUGAUCUGUUGACUAUAUGUGUAACCAGAUUCUUGUGGGGACCUGCUCAGCAUUCUACUAAUUAUGUGAGACCUGCUGUGCUGUAUGCUGCCUGUCUUACUUGGUAUUAAACAGCUUAUUUUGUGGCAGCCUGCUUGUCCAUAGUUUUGCAGACAGCUGACAUAAUUCUAUAAACAGCCUUUGCCAUUUGUGGUUGUGUGUACUGAUGAUCCUACACGAAGGAUGUAUUAGCACUGAGAUGUAUGUUUUCAUUUAUAUGUAUCCUUGUUGCUGGAGAAUGUUCCAGGUUUUGUUUUUCAUCUGAAUGCUGGCCUACUUUGGUCUACAUGCUUUUGCAUUCUGGGGUAAUGUUUGACAUGUCAUGUAGUUAUUUCUCACUUCAGAAUCUUGUAGCUGGUCUGCAUGUUGACAUGAAGCAGCUUAAAACCUUACAGGUCAGAGUAAUUUAUGUCAGGGCAGCUUAUUUAGUGGACCAAACACAUAUCUUUAAUGCACUUAUUUGUUGCAUACCUUGACACCUUUUUGGCAAGUCUGUCAAGAUGUUGCAUGCCUUUGAAAAAAAUCCAUUAGACAUUAUUUGAUACAUGACACAUUUUAAUAUUAAAAUAUUGUUAACAUCUUUGAUACAUCUUCAAUAUUUUAUGUGACACAACAAUGAUAAUUAUCACCAUCAUGCAGUUGUCAGCUUCACCACCAGAAAAGACCACUGUUUUGUUUGCUGAGUUCACUUUUACAGUAAUUUGUGUUUACCCUUAUAUUUACAGAAGUAAAGUGUAUUUUAGCCUAUGGGCCAUACGGGCAGUAAACUAUGUGAUUCACUGUGUCUAGGACAGCUUGUGGAAAGUGAAGCCCAACCCUCUCCUUCCACCAAUUCUUCACUUUUCAGGUAACUGGGUUAGCAGGUCUCCAUCUGCUGGGUUAGCAAGGGGACGUCCAGUCAGAGGCUUAAGUGAUUUUCAAACAAGCAGUGUUGUGCUAACCACAAGGUUGUUCACUUCUCUCAUGAUAUAAAAAAAAAAACCUUUAACAGUGUUGUGAAGAAAAGAUUUUGUUGAUAAAACUAAUAAUCUGGUUUCAUUUUUACAUUCUUCUUAUGCCAUCUUUUGUAAAAGCAGACACAUGUAGACACAAUGUCAGCUGGACACACACAAGAAAGGAAUGUACUCAAGUACUUGUGAUAAUGUGGAUAAGGAGAAUGGAUGUUGAUAUGAAUACAGAUAUUGUAUAUUGUA